AUGUGCCUAGGCCAAGAUAUCACGAACAUAGAGGACAUCCAAACUCUGAGCGAGUUGCCGCUGGAGAAGCUGCUGUCCCUCAAAAAAGUUUUUCGGCCAGACGAGAGUCAGGAUGAGACCAUACCCGAUGCCAUUGAGAAGAAAAACAGCGCCAGUUCUCCCGAAGCUCUAGCUUUGCAGAAUCAGAAGCCAAUGACAGAUCGUGGAGGAAAUUACCAGUACCACUACGAAGAAGAAUACCACCCCAAAGAGGGGAAAAACAAAAUACAAAGCAUAUUCCAAAUCUCCGUGACAGCCCUGGCGUUUCUAGCAUUCGGUGGUUAUCUUCUGUGUCUCUUAAUCCAUGCCAUCAACAGCAAACAACAUUACUAUAGCAAUCAGAAUGCAACAACAGCUCAAAAUGUAGCCGCGAUAAUCGCUAAUAGAUUGAAGAGGAAAAACGUACGACCACGAAUUCGAAAAAGACCUAACAGUAACGCAGGCAUUAAUAGCAAUAUCAACACGAAUUUCAAUCGUUAUAGAAGGGAUGGGCAGCACAAUAGAACAAGAAGAGGAGCUGCUGAUGACAGUGUGACGGACAAAAUGUAUGAUGCUCUGAUAAAUUUAGCAGAAGGUUUCACCAAUUAUCAUACCGUUGAUUAUGUUCAUCUCAAUCGUUCUGGAAUCUACAACAUCGAUAGGACUCGCUUUUUAUGAACACCUAUAUUCCAUAAAGCAAAAGCAUGCAAAAGUAUCUUUCUGCCUCUCAAGGCUCAAGUCAAUCACAGAAAGCGUUACGCUAAUGAAAAAAUCUUGUGAAAUCCCAUAUCUUCACGUUGGUGAUUGAUGACCAAAUUAAAAACCUGUGAAAUAACAUAAUGAAUAUAGCCACUUCCCUAACUAUUUCACAUAAUUCGUGGGGUUAAUAUAUGAUUUCAUAACUAUCUGUAAUUUCACAAAGCGCGUUCUGUGAUUUUGAGAUGUGCAAUCACAUUAAAC